AUGGCCUCGGCUCUGUCAUCCCAAUAUCUCAGAUUCUUACCCAGAAGGCUGCCGCAAAAUGCCACAUUCUCACGGAGGUUCACGUCAUCACCGGCGCCAAAGACACUUACCUGGAGCCAAGCGACGCAGAGCACCUCAGCAUUAAUGUCAAGGCCGUCGCGCCAACAGCAUCGCUCCUUUGUCAUCCCGCGACCGAACAAGCCCUCUCAGCCGCAACAGUCAUCAUCGCAAACGCCGCCCGCCACCGUCUCGUCUGCCGAUGCGAAAACCUCGGCCGGAGCGGCUCCCGAACGCUCAGAGAGGCUGCGCGUCGAGACCCAGCCGCACUACAGUCUGCACUUUACGUGUGUGCCGUGCGGACACCGCUCGGCGCACAAGAUAUCCAAGCAGGGCUACCACCACGGCUCGGUCCUCAUCACCUGCAGCGAGUGCAAGAACCGCCACGUCAUCAGCGACCACCUCGGCAUCUUUGGCGACCGCAAGGUCACGGUCGAGGACCUGAUGCGCGAGCGUGGCCACUCGUUCAAGAAGGGCGUGCUGGGCGAAAACGGCGACAUCGAGUACUGGCAUGACGACGCCGUGCCUGGGGAGUUCACCCCCGCUGCGGAUGGGCAAAAGUAG